CUAUCAAUGAAGGAAGAGCUUCACCUACCAUUAACACUCACACACACUUCCCUCCCUUUUUAGGGUUUCUCUCUCCCCUUUCAAAUUCUUCAUUCAUCCUUCUCAUUGAUUGAGAUUGAAUUGGAGUAUUGUUAUGUAGGUUUUUGAAUUUCGAAAUAUAAAGCAUUUUGUCGUUUCCUUUGGGAAUUUUACCUUCGUCUUCGAAAUUUUCGCCCCUCGGGAAUUUUUGGGAGUUCCUGCUUCAGCUACUUUGUUAUCCUGCAGCUUUUAGGAGGGAAUUAGGGUUUUCAGCUUCAGGUAGUUCUGUUCUAAACUUCAAAGCUUAGCGGUGCCUCUCUGCCAUUAAUAUCCAAGCAUAAUUCUGAAAAGGACAGCCAUCCAUCGUUGGAGUUUUCCUGAUUAUGGAGAAAACAUAAGCACCUACAGCUGGAUUCGGGGAAAAUUCUCACGAGAUUUUGUUUUAUUCUUAUCCCCAAAAAAACUAAAUGCUAACGUGCUACACUGAAAGCCUAUGUGAAGUGUCUCACAUCACCAUUGUCAAUAUGUCAUCCAUCGCUAGUAGAAAAGAAAAUGUCAGGCGAGAAUUUCAUGGACGAGAUGGAAGAGAUUGAUUGUGGGAGCUUCUUUGAUCACAUUGACGAUUUAAUCGAAUUCCCUCCCGUCAACGACACCUCUCUCAAUUCCCUCGACUGUAACGAGUUUCCCAACAUUUGGACCAACAACUCCGACGACUUGCAGGUCUCCGACCCCAUCUUCUGCGGCAGCAAUAGUGAUAGCGCCUCCGUACUGUCGGCAGAGCUUGCUGUUCCGUAUGAAGAUAUUGUCCAGCUGGAAUGGCUUUCAAAUUUCGUGGAAGAUUCCUUUUCUGGUGGUGGAUUGACUAUUCCGGUGGCGGCACACCACCAAUUCCAGACCACCAGUCCUGUCUCAGUCCUUGAGAGCAGCAGCAGCAGCAGCUCCAGCUCCUCCACCUCUGGCGGCGGCAACAUGAUUCCGUUCAGCCCGAUUCAACGUGGGCCUCAACGGGCCCGAACCAAACGUCCCAGGCCCACAACUUUUAACCCUCGUGCCAUGAUUGAACUUCUCUCUCCUCUUCUUCUUCUUGCUCCUGUUUCUUCUGAAUCUGAAAACAAUUUUGUGUCUGAUCAGAAGAAGAAAAAGAAGGUGAAAAGGUCCAAGAUCCAAGCGGGCCCACCAACCGAAAACCAAAACCAAAUUCAGUCGGGUCAGGGAGUGAGAAAGUGCUUGCAUUGUGAAAUUACGAAAACGCCCCAGUGGCGGGCGGGCCCAAUGGGCCCGAAGACACUGUGUAAUGCGUGCGGUGUUCGGUACAAGUCAGGGCGGCUGUUCCCGGAGUACCGCCCGGCAGCUAGUCCGACUUUUGUUCCGACACUGCACUCGAACUCCCACAAGAAGGUGGUGGAGAUGAGAGUCAAAGGCGGGCCAAAUGAUGUGAGGGAGUCAGAAGAACCAACACCAGUAUCAUCAGUAUCAGUACCAGUAGCAGAGCCAAAGCUAAUUGGAUAUAUGAUGCCUCAAGCAGAUUAGAUUUAAAGUUAAAGAAGGGGUUUGGAGGUUAUAUUUGUUAUUUGAGUUUUUUUAGUAUGAUUUGUUUUGUUGAUUGUACAGGUGUUGAAGGGUUAUAUUUAGGUGGUAGAGAAAGUAGAGGGGGUUUGAGUAUAAGAUUAAGGAGUAGGGGUUUAGGGGGAGGGAGAUGGAGAUGGAGUUAUAUUUUAAUUUGUUUGUUAUAUUGGUGUUUUUGCAGUUGAUAAUAGUCCUAAGAUGAGAUGAGAUGAGAUUAGGUUCAAGGAUUUUGUGAUGUUUUCUUCCAAUUAUUUCUAUCUUUUUGAAGCAAAA